AUGAAGAUCUGUUGCCUCUCCUUCCGGCAGCCUUAUGCUGGCUUUGUCUUAAACGGGGUCAAGACAUUGAAGUCACGUUGGUGUCCCCUGCUCGACAGCCACCAGAACCAUACCAUUGCCAUCCACAUUGCUAACAGGGACUGGGAAGACGAUGCCUGGUGGGAGCUGCUGCAGGGGAGGCUCGGGAUGACGCCCGCUCAGAUUCAGGCCUUGCUUCGGGAAGGGGAAAAGUUCGGCCGAGGAGAGGUAGCUGGGCUCAUUGACGUUGGGGAAUCUUUGGAGUGUCCCGAAAACUUAGCUCCUGAGGAGGUCGUGGAACUGGAAAAUCAAGCUGUCCUGACCAACCCGCAGCAGAAGUACCUGACUGUGAUUUCCAACCCCAGGUGGUUACUGGAGCCCUUACCUAGCAAAGGGGGAAAGGAUAUAUUUCAGGUGGACAUCCCAGAGCGCCUGAUCCCUUUGGGGCAGAAGGUGUGA